AUGUUAGAAGAUUUGGGUAUGGACGAUGACGAGGAAGAAGUAGUUCCUUUGCCUAAUGUCAAUUCGGCUAUUCUAAAGAAAGUUAUUCAAUGGGCCACAUAUCAUAAGGAUGAUCCACCAAUUCCAGAAGACGAUGAAAAUAAAGAAAAGCGAACUGACGAUAUUUCAUCUUGGGAUGCAGAUUUCUUGAAAGUUGACCAGGGAACACUAUUUGAAUUAAUUUUGGCUGCUAAUUAUUUAGAUAUUAAAGGCCUUUUAGAUGUUACUUGCAAAACAGUCGCAAAUAUGAUUAAAGGUAAAACACCAGAGGAAAUUCGUAAAACCUUUAAUAUUAAAAAUGAUUUUACAGCAUCAGAGGAAGAACAACCGAUUCCGGCCACGGCGGCCAAUCUCAUUGAGACUAGCCAACUGCGCAGGAGAUAUUAUAGUGCUCAAGUGUACGCGCAGACACAACGUGCACUCUAUAUUCCUAUCACUCUCAUACUCCGGUGGGACGACUGCUCGACACGACCGGUGAGAGUUAAGGCGCAGGACCGACGGCUUUACGUGCUCUCCGAGGCAUGGGGG